AUGCUUUCAAUUAGAAAUAUCGGUGUCAGAUCCUUAGGUGUCAAUCAGAUGUUGACCAGAUCAUUUGCUUUGUCUGUUCCUCAAAUGCAACAACAGGCACAACCACAAAAAUCACACUCAGAUAAUCCGCUAAAUUGGGAACAAUUCUUGGCUUUACGUAAAAGCCAACGACGAGUCAACUUGGUAACCUCCAUAUUCAGUGCUCUGUUUGCAUCUUCAGCUUCAUGGGGAUAUAUUUCGCAAAUCGAAAUGAAUCCAACUGAAUUAAUCUUUGGAAUUGACCCAUUUAUGGCAUCUGCCAUUGGAAUGAUGGGUGCUUCAGUUUUAGGAUAUCUUCUAGGGCCUUUAUUUGGGGACGGUAUUUUCAACUUGAGACACAGGAAGAUUAUCCACGAGUUUACAGAGAAGCAGAAAGUGUUUUUGGAUCGAAUUAAGAAAAAUAGAGUUGAUGCCACGAGACAAUCUGUUGCCAACCCAGUUCCAGAUUACUACGGUGAAAAAAUAGGUUCUUUAAAGGAGUACCGUCAAUGGCUAAGAGACUGCAAUUCGUAUAGGAGGAGGGCUCGUGAGUUUGUCUGA